GGGGAGGGGCAUGGGGGUCCUUUCCCCUCGACGUCUCACGGUCACAUUUUCUGAUGACGUGACGCGAGUGUCGUGAGAAAGGUUUGCCGAUCCCGCGCAACCCGAACGUCGACACCCGAGCCGCCCUCCGGCAUCAACAAGACAAUCUGGCGGGCAUCUUGCGUGUCGUGUUUGUGUUUCUUCUCGGAGGACCUUCAAACGUCCUCCAGGCCGCGGCGGCCGCCCUGCGGGACCUCGCCCACGACGGCAACUUUUGGGCUUUGCGAGACGGCCGUUGGCUGCCGCGCGUGGACCAAAGUAAGCCAAAAGUGGGAGGCGGCGCUGACACCGGGACGACGGACGACGGCACCGGAGCGAGCGCCCCGAGGAGGCCGCCAUCCGCUCGCGCUUGGGACGAUUUUGCGCGCCACAGGCGGACAACGCUUCCGGUUGACGGUUGAAAGACGCCACCUGGCCUGGGCUUCCGUGCUCCGCUUCUUCGUUGUUCGGAGGCCGUCCGCAAACACGUCGACGACGCGAGAGAUUGGAUCGGGUGCCGUCUUCAGAAUUGAUGAUGACGAGGACAUCGUUGCGCUAGGAAUGUCUUUCCCGACCGGAGCCAAGGACGACGUCAGGAAGGGGGAGACAAACGGCAGCAGCAACUUCUUCAGGGUGAGAGCGAAAGCCACGCCCACUCCUGGCAAAAGCAGCGCGGAAUCCCCGCCCACCACACGGAGAUCGAGCUUCAGUGGGAUGUUCAGGGCUGCCUGCAGGGAAUCGAACCAGCAAACGUCUACCUCCGUCAAAUUCUUCUCACGCAACAAAAGGAGUAAAACCAGAACGCUCAGCCUGUCAUGCGCGGCCCCCUCCGCGCCCCCUCCGGGCCCCGGGAGGGCAGCCGCCUUCCGCCUGGAGACGUACGCCGCGGAGCCCAGACGUCUGCGAUCUUUCUCGGCACCCCCGGACGCCCGUCACCUGACGCCUUUAGCCCCGCCGUUUCGUCUCGGCGGACAGGAGGGGAACGACGACGGGGGAGGCCCUCAGCGGCGGCGCCGUGUGGACGACGGCGCGUGUGCGGACUCCGAGAGGGACGUCUACACGCGCUUCAUGAAGUCGCACAAGUGUUACGACAUCGUGCCCACCAGCUCCAAGCUGGUCGUCUUUGACACCACGCUGCAGGUGAAGAAAGCCUUCUUCGCUCUGGUCGCUAACGGAGUCCGGGCGGCUCCUCUGUGGGAAACCAAGAAACAAAGUUUUGUUGGAAUGUUGACCAUCACCGACUUCAUCAACAUCUUGACCAGAUACUACAAGUCCCCCAUGGUUCAGAUUUACGAGCUGGAGGAACACAAGAUCGAGACGUGGAGAGAAGUUUACCUGCAGGAGACCUUCAAGCCUCUCGUCCGCAUCUCGCCGGACGCCAGCAUCUUCGACGCGGUGCGGUCGCUCAUCCGGAACAAGAUCCACCGUCUUCCCGUCAUCGACCCCUCCACUGGCAACGCGCUUUACAUCCUGACGCACAAACGCAUCCUGAAGUUCUUGCAGCUCUUUCUGUGCGAGAUGCCCAAACCCGCCUUCAUGAAGAAGACGCUGGAGGAAGCGGGCGUGGGCACGUACGCCGACAUCGCCUUCAUCCACCCGGACACGCCCCUCAUCGCCGCACUGUCCGUCUUCAGGCGUCGCCGCGUCUCCGCCCUGCCCGUCGUCAAUCACCAUGGCCAAGUGGUGGACAUCUACUCCAAGUUCGACGUCAUCGUGAGUACAGCCGCCGAACCUCCUUCGGCCGCGGGCGCUCACCGUUUGCGGUUUGUUCCUCAGAACUUGGCGGCGGAGAAAACCUACGACGACCUGGACGUGACGGUCACGCAGGCGCUCCGGCACCGCUCCCAGCACUUCGAGGGAGUCAUGAAGUGCAACAAGAUGGAGACGCUCGAGACCAUCGUGGACCGCAUCGUCAAGGCCGAGGUUCACAGGUUGGUGGCGGUGGACCGCCAGUCUCGUAUCGUGGGCAUCGUGUCCUUGUCGGACAUCCUUCAAGCGCUCGUCUUGAGUCCUGAUGGGGCGCUCAGGGACGGCCGCUCUCUUCAGACUCCGUCGGAGGACGAUCCGGAACACGACCGGGACCAGAGUCAGGAUCUGAACACUGAUCAGGAACAAAAGUGGGACCGGGACAACAGUCGUGGUCAGAAGACUGAUCGGGACCGGAAACAUAACCAGAACCAGGACCAGGACCAGGACCGCAGCCAAGGCCAGGAGAACGACAACCAACACAACCAGGACCAUGACAGCAAUAAGGAACAAAACCAGGAUCAGGAUCGUGACCAGAAAAUUGACAAGGACGAAAAGGACCGAGACCGCGGUCAGGAACACAACCAAGAACAUAAUUACUACAACAAACAGGACCAGGACCACAGUCAGGAUCAGAACACUGAUGAUCAGGACCAGCAACACAGGCAGGACCGUGAUCAGCAUCGAGACCAGGACCAGGAGGACGACAACGAACACAACUAGGACCGUGACCAGAAUACUGGGCAAGAAGAAAAGGACCAUGACCAGAAACAAAACCAGCAUCAGGUACACCACCUCGACCAUAAUCAGAACAAGAAACAUGACCGGGAGGGGCAACGAUCUUGGUCCUGGUUACGGUCUGAACGCCGCUGCACUCAACAACUCAUCCUGCCCGCAAGUCAAGUGGGAGUCACAAGAAUGCGAUUGAAGAUUGUCCAUGUUCAAAUUUGAUGGUCCAGCUGAAAGAAAAUUUCCAUCCAACCAUUAAAAAGUCGACUUUCCA